CUUUUAUUAUUCGUUCGCCGCUUCUACGUACUCUUUCUCUUUCUUCUCUCUCUGUCUUUUUUUUUCUUCCCUUUUUCUCUCUCUCUUUCCCUCCAAUCUUCAAAAUCCUCCAUAUCUCCCUCCCUUUUACCUCCAUCUUUUCCGAUGUCGAAGGCCGUCGAAGAUCUCAUCUUCCGCCACCGCCACUCCGAUUAUCGAUUUCAUCUCCUUAGCUCUCACUCUAACAAUCGCGAUAUGUCGUCUUUCUCUUCUUCUUCUUCCUCAGCUCUAGCUCUUCCGCCUCAGUGUUGUCUUCAGUAUCAUCGGCCUUCUCCAACGUCGGAUCAGUCCAACGCUUGCGACGGCCGUCUCGCUCCCGAGGCACAUUCUAAAGUUUCUACGAUAGACUUGAAACGAGCAUAUGAUAUUAGUAACUCCGAGGCUUUGGCUAGUAGACAAGUCGUAGCCUCUGAACAGAGGAUGCGAUCUAAUGAUUCUUCAUGUGAACCAGUAUCCAGUGCAAAUGAAAAGCAAAACAAGAAAUUUAAGUUGCAGAAAAAUUCGAAGUCUAAGACUCAAAAAUCAGUAGAUGAGCCUGUUGAUAGUCCUAAUCCAUCUACUAACGGUCGGUAUGACAGCUCGUUAGGUUUCUUGACAAAAAAAUUUAUCAGUUUAGUUCAGGAGGCUGAAGAUGGAACUCUUGAUUUAAAUAAAACUGCAGACGUAUUAAAGGUUCAGAAGAGGAGAAUUUAUGAUAUUACAAAUGUUCUUGAAGGAAUAGGCCUCAUAGAGAAAACCACGACGAACCACAUACGUUGGAAGGGAGGCGAGAGGCGUGGACCUCAAGAGCUCAACGAUCAAGUUGGUAGAUUAAAGGAUGAAGUUAAAAGUUUAUAUGCAGAUGAACGCAAACUUGAUGAACUCAUAAGGAAGAAACAAGAACUUCUAAGAAAUCUCGAGCAAAAUGCAAAUUACAGGAAGAACCUUUUUAUAACAGAAGAAGAUAUCUUGCGAAUUCCUUGCUUCAAGAAUCAGACACUUAUAGCAGUUAAAGCCCCCCAAGCUAGCUGUAUCGAAGUACCCGAUCCAGACGAGGAGGCUUGUUUUUCUGAGAGGCAAUGUAGAAUGAUCAUCAAAAGCACCACUGGGCCAAUUGAUUUAUACCUCUUGAGGACUGCAAAACAAGAGCUGGAAGAAAAUACUUCCAAACAAGCAAAACUAUGCUUAGCACAGCAGAGUCAUCCUAACAUAUUUACCAACAAUACUUAUUCUCCUUUCCAAGAAUUUCAUGGAAUGCAAAGAAUUUUACCUUUACAUAAUAAUAUAGACGAUGAUUACUGGUUCCAAUCAAAUUCACAAGUGAGUAUUACGCAUUUAUGGGGUGAGGAACACAACUUUUAACUUUGUCCCGGAAGACGAACAAUAUCAAGAGAAAAAUUACCUCCGAAGGGAUUACUCAGAUAAUAAAAGAGAAUAAAAAUGAAGUGUUAUCAACUCUCAGCUCGAAGAUAUGAAGUGUUUAUGUCUAUUCUACACAGCAUUUUUGUUGAAGAGAGGUAUGCCUGAGAUCUCCUUAUACUUAUAGCUCCUCUUUUUUAUUUCCUUAAUCUUUUCAAAUGCUUAGUGCAAUUAAUUAAUUGUGCUAUAAUGUCUCCAUAUCCAUAAUAUUUAUAUGAUUUUGUAAUUCAUGAUUUUGCUAUUGUAGACUAUAGAACAAAGGUGCUAUACUAAUAGAAGGUAUUGUUUUUCUUUA